AGUUUAUUUUCAAGCAAAUAAACUUAUUCCACCCCACCCCACCCGCCUCCCGGGAGCGGAAAGGCCGAGCUGCGGGGCAGGGUGGAGAGAGCGCGCAGCGUCCCGCCGCGGCCGGCCCUUCCCCGGCCGCCAUUUCCCCGCGGGAAGGCGCGUUAUUGCUUCUCCUCCGCCGUCCUCGCCCCGCGGGGGGAGGCCGCCUCGCCCGCGGCCUGGAGCAGGAUCCCGGCCUAGGCCCGGUUCGCCUGGCGCGGCCGGGCUGGGAUCCACCCGAAUGAGUAGUGGCUGGGGAGCCGCUGGAGGGGCUGGGUUUGUGAGGGCAGAGUCGCGAGUCGAACUUUAACCCGAGUGAUUUUUCCUUGUGUGUUUUCCGCCUACGAUUUCCCCCUGUGCCGAUUCCUCCAGGUGCUGAGCCAGGAUGGGUUUUGCCGAAGACAAAGUGUACGACUACAUUUUGAAAAACCUCAAGAAUUUUAGGCACAUCCGUGUGGCGUCGCUGGCCGAUUCCCUGAGCUGCCUGACCGAUGCUGACAGGGAUGAGCUUCACGCCCGGGAGGAAAUGCGGGGGAGCCAGGCGACCGUCUAUAAGUUUUACCAGCACCUGAAAUGCCGGCAGGGCUGGGUGCUGGAUCUCAUCGACGCGCUGCGCCAGAACAAUGCAGGGCACCUGGCUGAUGAGCUGCAGCACAUAUAUGAAUCCUGGCAAGCCUGUCCCCCGGCUCCUGCUGCUUCCUCCCUCCCUCCAGCAGCCAAUGUUGGCCAUCCUGCCAUCUCCUCCAUCGGUGCCCAGACGCUGUCCCCAGGACCGAAACCUGCUCCAGGAGCCGUGCUGGCUGAGCAGCCACGCCAAGACCUGCCUGCCAGCAGCCGUCCACCUCUCCUGCCCAGUGAUGCCACCACUGCGAGCACAGACCUGGAUGCCAGGGCCCCGGUGCAGGAAUCGCUCCCUAAAAACCUCCUGGAACAAGAAAGUCCCCGACCACCUCCACCUGGGAGCAUAGUCCAUGAUGGAGUGAGUGAUGGGCACAGUGGAGAGGGGCAUCUCCCACACCCCACUAAGGCCACACAGGUGUCAGCAGGGACCCCUGUAGCAGCCAGCGUGGCUGUGCCAUCGGCUGUCACCCCUGAGUGGGGCCAGGACUGGCUGAGCCGCCAGCAGCACCCAGUGUGUGUGGACAACGGGUGUUUUGGGAAUGCCAACCACCUGCAACGUGGUGCACCACGCUUGGGUCUGGGAAGGUCUCUUCUGCCAAGGGACACAGGUGUUGCUUGCAGCCCUGAGCAGCCCAGGAAUGAGCCCGAAGAGGAUGUCUACAUCUCCACUGUGUCACCCCCAAGGCUGGAAGAGACCGCUCGCAGCACAGGGCAGCAGCCCCCAAACUCACUGUCAAAAAAACCAGCUGUGCCCAGCUCUGAGCAUAGCGAGACCCUGGGCAGCUUCGUGGAUGUGCGCAGCCCCCUCCUCAUACAGCAGCAGUUUGAUGCGGAGCAGAAGCAGGUCAUGAUGCUGCAAGAGCAUAGAGGAGAUGAAGAUACUUGGAUGGAAACAACCACCCCAGUUGCUACCCCUGCACCCAGAGAUGUUUCCCCAUCCUGCGACACCUCCCUGAAGCCUCCUGUACAAGAGAGAAACCAGCCCGUGGAGGAUACAGCCAGCAGCACCCCCUCCAUGCUGACAAAGGAGAAAGUCCUCCUGGCCUCGGUGGACCCUCUCCAGACUGUUGCAGGAAGCUUUGAAGGCACGUCUGGGAGGAUGGCACCCCAGGUGAGCUCUGCCACGAGCAUCUGGGCACCUUGCAACAACAUGGAGAGGGAUGUGGAGCUCAGCAAGCCGGGUGUCCUCCUCUCCAUGGAUGGGGGGAGACCAGGGGCGACUGGCAGAUGCCCGAGCUCUUGUGGGCCCAGCGGCCCCUAUUCUGGAGCAUCUGAUAGCCUCACCUUCAGCAGUGACCCGAUCAUGAUAAGCACAGAUAGCUCGAGCUCAGGAGAAACACUCUCCAGAGUCCCCUUGGGAUGCCCGGCUCCAGCAGCUCAUGAAGACCCCAGGGGAGAGGAGGCAGCUGGAGCAAGCAGAGACUCCUGUCCACCUCUGAGCUUGGACAGCACCUCCCUGGGCACUCAGGAGGUCCACGUGGAUCAUGACCCCAGCAUCCAGCUUGGGGCAGGCAGCGACCUCCAAGAUGGAGCCGGUCCCCUUGGAAACUGUCCGGCUCAUGUCUCAAACGGAGGCCGUAGCACUGCGACCAGCUCAUCUCAGGCCAGAGUCCCCCCAGGGGACAGCAAUGGACCGUCCCUGCCAUACACCGUUACAGCUGUGGGUAUCGCUGUGAUUUCAGCUGUGGCAUUUCUGGUGUACGCUCGAUUGCAGAAAUAGCGCUGGAGUGAGUGGAUGGGAUGCCAUGACUGUCACUCAGCCUGUGCGAUUCCUCUUUGUAGUAGGAAUUUGGCCAAUGCAUUUGAAGCCUGAAGAGGAGCAGCAGCAGGGGGGUGGUAGAGGUGUUGCUAAAUCUCUUUCUGGAAGUUUUGCUGGAAGGGGCCUUGGUUGCAUGAUGCUGUUGGGUUUAGGUCUGUUCCCCCCACCCCGUUUCCCAAGCAUCUUCUUGCCUGUAGCCUUCUCCUUUUACACCUAUAGAGAGGCUCUCGCUCAGGGAGUGAUCCCUUGAGUCAAAAAAGAAAGUUCUUAUGGCGAUUCUCCAUGUCUUCCUUGUUUGGUCCUAGGGAAACAUGUCCUGGUUGUCCCAAGGGUGACCCUGCCCCGGGUCCCUCCAGGCAGUGCAGCAAGGAGAGGUUUUACAGAUGUUCUGUAAAAGUGGAGCUGAUCUUGUUCGCUCUGUUCAUCUCGGCUUGAAAAUGUGUCCAAGGGUGCGUGCAGCAGCCUUCACCAGGUGCCUUAUAUUUGCCUUACUUGGUGUCUCCAGCUGUGCUGCUGGGACCUUGGCUCAUCUCUGCUGCUCCUUUCCCUCGGUGCUGGGUGCAUGGGCAGGACCCCGGUGCAGCAAGUCACUCUGCCUUCUGCUCAUUCGUGACGAGAGAUGGCCCCAUGAUGAGAAAACACCAGGCCAGACUCCGUAUAAGCUAGCUCCUUUCCCAGGAGCUGUUGUCCUGCUUCGGUGCUUGCUUUGGAGCAUCAUCCCCUGGUCCUGAGGAUCGCAGAUGGGCUCUGGGAUUGAUUCAUGCAGCACUGACAUCCUGGGCAUAAAGCUGAGGGUCAGGAAAGAGCCACAUCUAACCAGCUUUCUCGAGGAUCAGCAUCAUGUCACCCUGCUCCAAGCAGGGAAAGGGUUUAUGCUUUAAGAAGAACAUUUCAUGCAAUGCCAGCAUUAAGCAGACUUGGUUCCACACAGGAUUGUUGGGCGUCUUUGCUCUUUUGGCUGUAUUUUUUGAGCCUGGCUAGGAGGGUGGAUAUAGUUCUUGCCUUUCCCAACACCUGGUACUGUGGGAUAGGAAAAUAGGAAGCUUGGGUCUAGCCUACGACACAAAUAGGAUCAACCCUGUGCACUGCAGGGAGGCCAUAACUGGUGGCUGAGAUGCUCUGGGUUAUCUUGAAGGUCCCAUUUAAAAUUACAGCCCAUAAUUUUCCUGCUAUCCCCAGAGAUCAGCUUGGAGUGCAAGGGGAUUGGGCUUGCAAAAUUUCUAAAAUAAAAUCCUCAGACCCAAAUAAAUAUCCCAACUUCCCCUUGCCCAGGGCAGCUUUUGGGGGCAGAAGCGACCCUGCUCAGUUGCUGCUGGCACACAUUUCUAACUCCAGGCAGAGUUUAGUGAUGCCCGCUUGUGUUGCUGCACCUGCAGGUUGUUUGCCAUCUCUCAUGUACUCCCUCCCAAAAGCACAGGGGCACAAAAGUAACAGAACUACUUUUUUUCAUAGUUAGAGGGUUAUUGUAGCUAGAGGAUUUAUCUUUUUUUUUUUUUUUUUUU